UCCGACAGCAUGUCGGGCUCGGCCAGGAAAGACUUCGAUGUGAAGCACAUCCUGCGGCUCCGCUGGAAACUCUUCAGCCACCCUUCCUCGUCGCCGUCCUCGCCCUGCGCCGCCUGCUCGUCCUCCCCGGGCGGCCCGGCGGGGGGAGGCUGCCUGCACCCUCUGCAGCCCCAGCAGCCCCAGCAGCCCCAGCUGCAGCAGCUGCAGCGGGACGGAGGAGCCGGCUUCGAGCACUGGGGGCCCAGCCAGAGUCGCCUGCUCAAGAGCCAGGAGCGGGGCAGCCAGGACGGAGGCAGGGGGGUCUUCUGGAAAAAGCCCUCGGCCGCCUCCUCCUCCUCCCCGGCUUCCUCUUCCUCCUCCUCCUCCUGCAGCCCCCUCGAUGGCACCCCGGGCCAGGGCCAGGGCCAGCCCCCGCCGCCCCCCAGGACCAUCUUCUACGUGGAGACCCUGGACCGGGAGGAGCAGCUGGUGUCUGCGGGCACCGACCUGUCCGUCCAGCCUCCCCAGGCCCUGGUCCUGCAGGAGGUGAAAGUGGAGCCGGCCGACCCCGGCCGGGCAACAGGUGAAGGGUGUGGACGCAGGCUGUCAGCAUCUGCCCGUCCUCUGACACCACAAAGUGAUAUGGACUCCAGUAAUUCUGAGGAAUUCUAUCAAGCAAUGCAUCAUGCAGAACAAACUUUCAGAAAGAUGGAAAGCUACUUGAAGCAACAGCAACUCUGUGAUGUUAUCCUGAUUGUGGGGAAUCGCAAGAUACCUGCACAUAGGCUUGUUCUCAGUUCUGUUUCUGACUACUUUGCUGCAAUGUUUACAAGUGAUGUUUGUGAAGCCAAGCAAGAAGAAAUCAAAAUGGAAGGCAUAGAUCCCAAUGCUCUCUGGGAUCUUGUUCAGUUUGCAUACACAGGUUGUUUGGAAUUGAAGGAGGACUCUAUUGAAAACCUUUUGUCAGCCGCCUGUCUCCUUCAGCUUCCUCAAGUAGUGGAAGUAUGUUGUCAUUUUCUCAUGAAGCUUUUACAUCCAUCCAACUGUCUUGGAAUCCGAGCAUUUGCUGAUGCUCAAGGAUGCAUUGAACUUAUGAAAGUGGCUCACAGUUAUACUAUGGAAAACAUAAUCGAAGUUAUAAGAAAUCAAGAGUUCUUACUGCUUCCUGCUGAUGAACUCCAUAAACUUCUGGCUAGUGAUGAUGUGAAUGUUCCGGAUGAAGAAACCAUCUUCAAUGCACUGAUGAUGUGGGUUAAAUAUGACAUGCAGAGGAGAUGCAGUGAUCUGAGUAUGUUGCUUGCCUUUAUAAGACUGCCUCUUCUUCCGCCACAGAUUUUGGCAGACCUAGAAAAUCACGCUCUUUUUAAGGAUGACUUGGAAUGUCAAAAAUUGAUUCUGGAAGCUAUGAAGUACCAUCUCUUGCCAGAAAGAAGAACUUUAAUGCAAAGUCCCAGAACUAAACCCAGAAAGUCUACUGUUGGAAUGUUGUAUGCUGUAGGAGGGAUGGACAACAAUAAAGGUGCUACAUCAAUAGAAAAGUAUGACCUCAGAACAAAUUUAUGGAUACAAGCUGGAGUGAUGAAUGGAAGGAGAUUACAGUUUGGAGUGGCUGUCAUUGAUGAAAAGCUUUUUGUUAUUGGAGGUCGAGAUGGCUUAAAGACACUGAACACUGUUGAAUGUUACAAUCCUAAAACCAAGACUUGGACUGUUUUACCUCCAAUGUCAACACAUAGGCAUGGCCUAGGCGUGACUGUCCUGGAAGGACCUAUGUAUGCUGUUGGAGGCCAUGAUGGCUGGAGUUAUUUGAAUACAGUUGAAAGGUGGGAUCCACAAAGUCAACAGUGGACUUUUGUGGCAAGUAUGUCAAUUGCCAGAAGCACAGUUGGUGUGGCAGCAUUAAAUGGCAAGUUGUACUCAGUUGGUGGUCGGGAUGGAAGUUCCUGUUUGAGUUCAAUGGAGUACUAUGAUCCUCACACAAACAAGUGGAACAUGUGUGCCCCUAUGUGUAAGAGAAGAGGAGGUGUAGGAGUAGCCACCUGUGAUGGUUUUCUUUAUGCGGUAGGAGGACAUGAUGCUCCUGCUUCCAAUCACUGUUCUCGGCUGUUAGACUAUGUUGAGAGAUAUGAUCCCAAAACAGAUACAUGGACAAUGGUGUCUCCACUGAGUAUGCCUAGAGAUGCUGUUGGUGUCUGUCUUCUUGGUGAUAAGUUGUAUGCAGUAGGGGGGUAUGAUGGACAGACAUACUUGAACACUAUGGAAUCCUAUGACCCACAAACUAAUGAAUGGACUCAGAUGGCCUCAUUAAAUAUUGGAAGAGCAGGUGCCUGUGUUGUAGUGAUCAAACAAACUUGACUUGUUCUCAUUAUUUGUGAUUUUACUCGCUGGAAGUAUUAUUUUUGUAUCAGAAAAUGAGAAUAUGUUUAUAAGAAUGUGGAGUGCCAUAGAGAUUCACCCACUGGUAUCAAAGAGAAGUAGGAGAAAAAGCAUAUCCUGGUCUGCAUGUAUGCCAAUGGGUAUCUAUUUCAGAAAUGUUCUUGAUGCUUUGUACAACCGUAGAUAACCAGAGGCAUCAGGGCCCUAUUUACCUUGCAAAAUAAAAUUAAAAAAAAAUUCAUGAGGGAAAUAUACUUGUGUCCUGGCUAUUUAUAUUGAUGAUAAGAUAUUACAUGAUUUUAUGUACUGUGGCUACUUUUCAAAAAUUGUAGGUAGAUAAUAAGGCAUUAAACCUCAUCCAGUCUUCUGUUAAAGCAGGUUGUUCGAUUCUCUGAAGAAGAAUAGUUCAAAGGAAUUUGACAGAACUCUUUCUUCCUCAUUUACAUAAAGAAGGAGGAUUAAGAGAAUGAAGACCAGUGAUUGCCUCUUCAACUUGAACCAAACUAUCACUAUCACUAGAAAUGUUCAUUUAAAAGAUUGUGGUAACAUUUUCUUCCAAAUGUCUGAGUAAGCCUAGCAAGCAAAUAAGAAAUAUACAUUUUUAGCUAUAUUCAAACCUAUUGUCUCUUUUUAUUGAAAUAUUUGCCAAAGAAAUAGACUUAAUUGGCUUUAGCCUUAGUGUUCAAUUCAGUGUACGCAUGGAAACUAUAGUCACACUGAAUGUUAUUUGAUUCUUUGCAUGUAAAUCCUUGGAAAUAGGACAGAUUUUCUCCUGAACAGUAAGUUAAAAUUAAGCCAGACACUCUGCAGAAGAAAGUUAUUGUGUUCCAAACUAGACGGUCCUUUCUGGAAGGUAGCCAAUAGAAGUAGGAACUGGAAAAUAACAGUGGGAAAAGUUCUAAUUUGGACUCCAAAAAAAUUUGUUAUAUAAAACAUAUCUAUGACUUAUGUACUAUCCUUAACACAAUGCUAUAUGCCUCAUGAGAGUGGAUUGAAAAAUAUUUUCAAUAUUGUGAAUAUUUGAAUAUUAAAAGGAUUUCCUUUUGGAUUCAUAUUCACUAAUAUGAUCCAAUUCUUCUCAGUACAAAUUUUGUUUCCAAGGAAAAGAUUGAUCAUAUAUAUAUGUGUAUGUUUGAAUAGGUUUUCACUAUAUUAUAGAAAGGGGUUUCAUUUUUUCAUUGGGCACUGCAUGUGGAUUGUUUUUACUGAAGUUCUUCUGUCAAUGUUUUGUCCAGUUUUCACUGUCUAGUGUAAUGUCCUCUGUCCACCCAGCUGUCCCAAAAAAUGUCCAGUAAAAUCUAGAUGAAAUAUUGACCAAAGGAGCUCCAAAAUGAGAAAAUCACUUGCUGAAAAUAUACAACAUUAUGACUCUGUA